AUGGGCAGCAUCUGCCUCAGGCUCCGGAAGUACUUGGAGCCCUAUCUCCCUUGCCUGUCCCAGGCAGCCACGAGGACUGCUUCUCAGCCAGAGAGAAGUCAUGGCCACUAUGUUGUGGCUCUGUUUGACUACCAGGCUCGGACCACGGAGGACCUGAGCUUCCACGCUGGCGACAGACUGCAAGUACUGGACACGUCCCAUGAGGGUUGGUGGCUGGCCAGACACUUGGAGAAGAGGGGAGAUGGCCCCAGCCUGCAGCUGCAGGGCUACAUUCCUUCCAACUAUGUGGCCGAGGACAACAGUCUACAGGCAGAGCCGUGGUUCUUUGGAGCAACCAAGAGAGCAGAUGCAGAAAAACAACUAUUGUAUUCAGAAAACCAGACGGGUGCCUUUUUAAUCAGAGAAAGUGAAAGCCACAAAGGAGAUUUAGCUAUUUCAGUUUUAGAUGGAGGAGUUGUAAAACACUACAGGAUCAGACGAUUGGAUGAAGGGGGCUUUUUUCUUACCCGGAGAAGAACCUUUUCGACAUUGAGCGAACUUGUAAGCCACUACACCAAGACUAGUGAUGGCUUGUGUGUCAAGCUGGGAAAACCAUGCUUAAAGAUCCAGGUCCCAGCUCCUUUCGAUUUGUCCUACAAAACUGUGGACCAGUGGGAGAUAGAUCGCAACUCCGUGCAGCUUCUGAAGCGCCUGGGGUCCGGCCAGUUUGGCGAGGUGUGGGAAGGCUUGUGGAACAACACCACCCCGGUGGCAGUGAAAACACUGAAGCCAGGUUCAAUGGAUCCAAAUGACUUCCUGAGGGAGGCACAGAUAAUGAAGAGCCUAAGACAUCCAAAGCUUAUCCAGCUUUAUGCUGUUUGCACUUUAGAAGAUCCAAUUUAUAUUAUUACAGAGUUGAUGAGACAUGGAAGUCUGCAAGAAUAUCUCCAAAAUGACGCUGGGUCCAAAGUCCAUCUGACUCAACAGGUAGAUAUGGCCGCACAGGUUGCCUCAGGAAUGGCCUAUCUGGAGUCCCAGAACUACAUCCACAGGGAUCUGGCUGCCAGAAAUGUCCUCGUUGGUGAACAUAAUAUCUACAAAGUGGCAGAUUUUGGACUUGCAAGAGUUUUUAAGGUGGAUAAUGAAGACAUCUAUGAGCCUAAACAUGAAAUAAAGCUGCCAGUGAAGUGGACGGCGCCUGAAGCCAUUCGCACUAAUAAAUUCAGCAUUAAGUCCGACGUGUGGUCAUUUGGAAUCCUUCUUUAUGAAAUCAUUACUUAUGGCAGAACGCCCUACAGUGGUAUGACAGGUGCUCAGGUAAUCCAGAGGUUGGGUCAAAACUAUCGACUCUCGCAGCCAUCUAAUUGUCCACAGAAAUUCUACAGCAUCAUGUUGGAGUGCUGGAGUGAAAAGCCCGAGGACCGACCCCAGUUCAAGACACUGAACUUGAAACUGGAGGACUAUUUUGAAACAGACUCCAUAUAUUCAGAUGCAGAUUGUUUCGUUAGAUGAAUACUGAAGGAAAACAUCAGAUAAUGAAGUAACAACAACAGCAAAAAAGGAAUAACCAGUCCAGAAAUACAAUCUUAUCAAACCAAUGACAAAAUCAGUUUAUCCUUGGCACAUUCAGGUGAUAGGGUACUUUUAGCCAUGUAUUAUAAAAAAAGAUUAUGUGUGCAUUUUAUUGACUGGGCAGCACUGCAAGACAGGCUAAGAUGAUAUAUUAUUUUCUCACUGCCUAGUAAGAUUAAGCACACUAAACAAAGUUAUUUUUCUUUUUAAGAGAUACUUACAUUUCUAUUUAUUGUUUGAAAUGCUGAUCAAGAGAAUCAACAGAUGAUAGUCAAUUUUUACUCAGUGACUGUUGUGGUAUCUUCCUGUUUACUGAUUAGACUGGUUAUUCAUUCUUCCUUGGAUUGCUGAAUUCCAUCAGACUGUUAUUAUGAAGGAAUUUGAUUGCUUUGCUGCACAGCAGGACCUGUGCUUUGAGAUUUUUUUUUUCUCUUUUAAAAGAUCCUGUAACUACAAUGAUGGUAAAGCCUUGUUAAAUGACUUGAUUGUUCUUGGAGUAAUUGCACAUAUUUUUUCCUAUGCAUAAAAAAAUGAAGCAGCUGUUGAGAAAAUGAAUUAAAAUCUUUCUCAUUUUACAGAAGGAAAUGAUGGAUUUUUUUCUAUACCUCAGUAUGUGUCAUCUGAGAAUCAUCGACAUUAGUUUUAAUCUCUUAAUGUUGAGAAUCAGCUUGCAAAGCUGAUGAGUUAUUAUCCACAGAAAUAUGUGAGAAACAUCUAAUAACCCACAGAGUCUGAAACCAGAUAUCAAAAUAGUUAAGGAAAAUUAGAGGAGGGCAGUAGGAUUGCUAUAGCCUAAGGACCUCUGAGCAAUUUUUAAAAAAGGAAAAGA